AUGGCGACUUCAGCUCCCGUCACCUCGAGGACCGAGACCCUCGCAAAGUAUCUCAAGCUCGACCAGAAGGGCCAGAUCAUGGCCGAGUACGUCUGGGUUGAUGCCGAUGGCGAGACUCGAUCAAAGUCCCGAACUCUCCCUGAGAAGGAGUACAAGCCCGAGGACCUCCCCGUCUGGAACUUCGAUGGUUCUUCCACCCGCCAAGCCCCCGGUGACAACUCCGAUGUCUACCUCCGACCUUGCGCCGUCUACCCCGAUCCCUUCCGUGGCUCUCCCAACAUCAUUGUUCUCGCCGAGUGCUGGAACGCCGAUGGCACUCCCAACAAGUACAACUACCGACAUGACUGCGUGAAGGUCAUGGACACCUACGCCGAUGACGAGCCCUGGUUCGGUCUUGAGCAGGAGUACACUCUCCUCGGUCUUGACAACCGACCCUACGGCUGGCCUUCCGGUGGUUUCCCCGCUCCUCAGGGCGAGUACUACUGCGGUGUCGGUACUGGCAAGGUUGUCCAGCGUGAUAUCGUCGAGGCUCACUACAAGGCUUGCUUGUACGCCGGUAUCAAGAUUUCUGGCACCAACGCUGAGGUUAUGCCUGCCCAGUGGGAGUACCAAGUCGGCCCUUGCCUGGGCAUUGAGAUGGGUGAUAUGCUCUGGGUUUCGCGAUUCUUCCUCGCCCGUAUCUCUGAGGAGUUCGGCGCAAAGGUUUCCCUGCACCCCAAGCCUAUCCCUGGUGAUUGGAACGGAGCUGGCCUGCAUUCCAACUUCUCCACGAAGGCUAUGCGUGCUGAGGGUGGUAUGAAGGUGAUCGAGGAGGCGCUCAAGAAGCUCGAGCCCCACCACGCCGAGUGCAUCGCCGAGUAUGGCGAGGACAACGACCAGCGUCUCACUGGUCGUCACGAGACCGGCUCUAUCGACUCGUUCUCCUGGGGUGUUGCCAACCGUGGAACAAGUAUUCGCGUUCCUCGGGAAACCGCCGCCAAGGGCUACGGUUACUUCGAGGACCGACGACCUGCUUCCAACGCCGAUCCUUACCGGGUCACCAAGGUUCUCCUUCAGUUCUCUAUGGCUUAA